AUAACUCAGGAAAUAGUAACUGCUCUUCGUUUAACUUCAUGCGGUGCUAGGCUUUUUGAAUUUUUAUUUUAAUAUCGGAGUUUUAUGAUUAAAUUUACAUUGUAAUUUAUUAGUAUAAAGUCUGUACAGCUCUAAACUACUAUUGACUGGAAGUGAAAGUUUAAUAUUGCCAAAGCAUGACUUCUGUGGAUCCUUUGGUCAGCCUUAUUCCUCAGAAUGAUCUUGACUUGAUACCGGUGCACCUUCGAGAAAAUCUUGCUGGAAUAAUUCGCAUGAAAGAUUAUCAGAUUCAUUCUUCAAAUGAGAAAUGUGAACAGCUGCAAGCCGACUUGCGGGAUAGACAAAGGGAACUCAAUGGAUAUCGAGUUAAACAUCAAAUGGCCGAAGAAUUUUCACUCAAAAUGAGGGAACAAUUGAGAAAUGUCGAGGAGACUUUGCAAAAAGCUCGACGAGACUAUUAUGACAUUGUUAUCGAGAAAGAAAGUUUACUCCAUGAAUUAGAAAUAUCCAAACAGAAUACUAGGAGGUUUCUAGAUGAGCAGAAGAAUAGUGAAUUCUUGGUUAAAAGUAAAUCUAUGGCCAUUGUUGCAUUACAGAAAGAAGUUGAAGAGCUUGGUAAAAAACUAGAAUCUGUUGCAGAAGACAAAAAAGAAUCAUCUCUACAAGCAGAAAAGGUUGAAAUCCAAGAAAUGUCGUUGAAACAUCAAAUGAACAGGAUCGCCAAUGAAAGAGAAUUUUAUCAAAAGCAGGUCGAUACUUUAAAUCAGGAAAUUAGCAAUCUAACUGUUGAGUUAGCAACUUUCCGUAAAGAAAAAACGAUGCAGAUUUUAGAAAUGCAAUCACGAAUUGACGAAGACACUGAUAUGAUAAAUAAGCUACAAGAAGAACUGAAUAGCUUGAAAGAGCUGUCAGAUAAAAAAGAUGAACACAUCGAUUCAUUGGCGCGUAGAAUAAAAGAGAUCAACGAUGCUAGUGUCCAGUUUGAAAUGCAAUAUCAGACUGAAAUUGAAGAAAUUAAAAGUUUAGCUCUUCACCAUUCCGAAGCUUAUGAGAAAGAAAAGAAAACCAAUCAACAGUUGUUGGAUACGAUCGAGGAAAUGCAAAAGCUCUUAUUAGAUGGUCAACAAGCUCAGCAAGACCUAGAGGAAACAUUCACCAGAGCUACUAUGGAUUUCCAAAAAAUUGUUAAAUCCAAGGAUGAAGUGAUUAAGAAUUUAGAUGAUGAAAUAACCAAGUUAAAAGCACAGGCAGUUGCCAAGAUCCAGGAGGAUUUGGAAGAAGAGGUCGAUCAUUAUUUCCCGACUGCAUCUGCUACUCAUAAAGUUUUUAAAAGUAACAUGUCGCUAUCACAAAUUUAUAACGAAUAUAUCGUUUUACAAGACAAAUUUGAAGAACAACAAAUAGAAAACAAUCGUCUUAAAGAACAACUUAACCGGUUAGUUGAAGAAGCUGAGCAAAAAACACCAUUCAUCCACCAAAAAGUUCAAGAAAAUAGAAAAAGUUUACAAACCAUCAAGGAUCUCCAAAUUCAAUUAACCAAAGAAGCUAACGAAAAGGAUGCGCUGAUCGAAGAGAAAGAGAAUCUCAUCCAGAUGAAUAAUUAUCUAAAUAGAGAGAUUGCCAGACUUGAACAAACUUCUCAAGAUCUAGCGCUUCAAGUGAGAUCUCUUAUCAAAUCAGUUCAUGAAGCCAAAGGUUAUGAAUUUGUUAACCAUGAUGAUAUUCCUGAAAGCGUUACCGAAGACAGUGCUGCAAACCGCAUUAUCACCAAGUAUCUUAUUACCUUCGAAGAUAUUGAGUCUCUUCAAGUCAAUAAUCAAAGACUCAUUUCCUCUGUCCGUGAUCUUGCUAAUGAUAAUGAAAAAUUAGCUAAACAAUUAGAAGAAAAAGAAACCAUCUCCCAAAAAGAAUUGAAUCAAGCAUUCGAAGAGAUUCAAAAACUCACUGAGGAAAGGCGGAAGCAAGCAGAAAUGCUGGAAGAAUUGAUGCAAGCCAAGAGUGCAUUAAAAUCAAUGGUAAACUCUGAUGAAUCCAAUAGAAGAUCUCCUGGUUUCACCUCUAAAGAUUCUGCCCGAAUGACUAUGAAUGACACACUUAUCGAAUUGAAAGACUCGUUAAGAAGAAUUCAAGCGGAAGCCGAAGCAAGCAAAGCUGAUUAUCAGCAAAAGAUGAAAGAACUCAAUGAUGAUGUUAAUCAUUAUCGACAAGAAUUAGCCCUUAUGCAAGCCGAGAAAGCUAAAAUAGAAAGUGAAAGUGAAUAUCUUCAAGAGAAAAUGAAACUUCUACAAGCCAACUUCGAACUUAUUAAAAAGGAAAACACCAAAUUAACAGAAAAGAAUGUCAAACUUGCUCGGAAACUGUCGAAAAGUGAAGGUAACCUCAACAUGGUCAAAAAAGAAAUUUCUGAUCUUAAACUGGAUCGUGGUAAACUUGAAGCCAACAUUCUUACGCUCCAGUCUGAACGGGAUCUGUUGAGAAAUAACGAAAAGCUUCUUACUCAAGAACGAGAUGCAUUGAAUAAAGACUAUCAAGAAAAAAGUAAACUGAUCUCGACCUUGCAGAAAAUUCAAGACAACUUCCAAAGACUCGAAAGUGAAUCAUCCAAAGGAUUACACCUUCAGCUUGAAAAGCUUGAAAAUGAAGCGAGUUUCUUCAAGAAUAGACUUUUCGAAGAGGAGCAGAAGAAUAAAAUUUUAGUCCAAUCACAUUCUAAACAAAUUAGCGAUCUUAAUCAGAAAAUAGAUGAAGAGCUGAAGAAAAAUGCCGAAUUAAGAGAUACUAUCGUGCUAAAUCAAACUCGAUUACAUGUAGUGGAAAGUGAAUUGAAAGUUUUGAAAAACCAUGAAGAGCAAGCGAAGGCUAGAUCAAAGGAAGAACUCCGAGAUAACCCUGAACAAACAAAGAAGAUACGAGAUAUAGAAGAAAAGCUUGCUAAUUCAGAGACAAAGAUAAAAGAACUUACGGAUGAAAAUGAACAGCUGAAGAAUAAAGUCAACGAGAAAGAAGAUAAGGUCAAGAAACUCGCUAUGCAAGCCCGCCAAAGGAUAGCUGCUUUAACAACACAAAAGAAAACAUUAGAAGCUGAAAAGGAAGCACUUUCGAGGAGAAUCAGUGAAUUGGAAACCCAAGUUGCUCAGUCAGAAUCACAGAUCGCUCAAAAUAAAAAGCGAUUAGAAGAAGCAGAAAAAUUAGCCAGAAGUGCCAGUAACCAAGCAAAAACCUUCAAAACCGAAAAUGAUAAUCUUUCCAAAACUAUUCAAGAUCUCAGAGAGAAAAACGACCAAUUAGAACAAAAUUUAAAAAAGAAUAAUUUGAGAUUCAAGAAUCUUACUUCAGGAACUGCUAUUAAAUUGAAUAGACAGUUGAAAGCAGGUGAAGAGAUUGCAUCUUCGGUUCAUCAAGGGCAACAAGGGCUUAAUUCCCAGUUGUCAUCGACUUAUCAACAAAGUACCUCAGUUGUUCCUUCAAGCGUUGGAACUUCAUCUUAUGUGCCAACUCCUUCAUCAUCAUCAUCGUCCUCAACAUCAUCAAGUUCUGCAGCUCUUAUCAGACAUCCCGUUUUACCUCAAAAACAAGAGCCUCCAACUCCUAAAUCUACACCAAGAGCAAGCAUUAGGCCACUGCCAGUUUCCAGGUUGCCUACCAUUUCUAGAUCGACUUCAUCAACGACUGGUCCUGUAGCAGUUGUUGCUGUUCAACCUAACACCGAGGAUUCCGCUCAACUUGUACCACAAGCUACAGUUGCUCCAACAGUAGUCGCUCCAACAGCAGCUGCAUCAUCUACCGAACCAAUCAUGUCUUCAUCAACAUCAACUACAUUGUCAUCAACCACUUUGUCUUCAGCUAACUCUUCAACAAUGCCUUCUGGUAACCAUCCAAUCACCUCUAGUGAAGCAACACCACAAACCCGUCCUACAGAAGUUACUCCAUCAACAAGAGACAAUCAAAGCUCAGAACUCAGAAUAACUUCUAGCAAUGCUAAUCAAGAACCAUCAGUGACGACCAGUGAUGAAUCGGGUGAAACUUCACGUCAAGGUUUAAAAAGGCAACGAGAAUCACCAUCAACAUCAAGACCGCAAUUGCAAGAAGAUGAUAAUCCUAAAAAAGUGCGAUUAGAUGAAGCUCCUGAUCAAGCUCCUGAUCAAGAAAUCAUGUUUGAUACUGAACAAGACGUUUCAACUCACGAACAUGACGAUGAAUCAAAGGAAAGUGAAGUAAAUGAAUCAAGUCCAGAUCAACAACCUGCUUCAGGUUCACAAGAGAUCCAGAAUCACGAACAUGAUCAGAAUCCGAUUUCUGGUGAUUCCUGUGAAAGCGAAGAAGAAAACGAAGAAGAAGAAGAUGAUGAGGAAGAAUAUGGAAAAGAAAACGAGGAAGAAGAAAACGAAGAAGAAGUCGAAGAAGAGACCGAAGAAGUAGCCGAGGAGGAAGAAGCUGAGGAAGAAGCCGAAGAAGAAUUGGCUGAAGAAGAAGAGGAAGAAGAAGAAGAAGAGGAGGAAGAAGAAGAGGAAGAAGAGGAGGAAGAAGAAGAAGAAGAGCAAGAGGAUGAAGAUGUUGAAGAAGAUGGCGAUGAAGACGAUGUUACCAUUAUUCAACCAUAAUUAAAGAUAACCAUAGGAAUGUAAAUGUUAUAUCCAAAUCACUUGGCUGGAAUCAAAUUUUGAAGUUACUUGAUUGAAAUAAAGUUGCUUCAUUUUCCAUUUCAUUGAUUGUUUGUUCAAAUAAUCAAUCUAUUUUUGUAACCAGUGAUCAUAUUUUUGAUCCACUCAUAAUCGUAACCUUGUCGGUCAGUUUGUUAUUAUUUAUGUGAUGUUGAUUGAUGUUAAUCAAGUUUAAUUGUUUGAACGGUAUCAAUGUCUCAAGGACAAAACCAUAUGAUAACAGUAUAUUUUGCUAUUAUCAAGGAUAUAAUUACAAAGGUAGUUACACUCAGUGUAAUUUGUACAAGCUUAACAAAUUUUGGUUACACAUAAUUACAAGAAAGGUUAUCAAUUCAUCCUUUGAGUUCACUCUUGGCCCACAUAAAUGCCUAAAACCAUUUAAAGUGAAAUAAAUUCAAAUUACUCU